GAGACACUCGCAGUGAUUGGGGUCACGAUGGUAGCGUGGCUGGCCAAGAAGGCCGGCAGGAAUUACCCCAGCCGCCACGCAUGAAGUGUUUGGUGCUUCGCCUCCUCUCGACACGGCCCUCUGGGGCUCUGAAUAGACCCAGAGCGCUGUGGAGGGGCUGCCGCAUGUCACUGCUGCGCUCGUGGGCGGUCCCGAGGCCAGGAACGAGAUCACUACUGAUGCCCACCGGCCCUCAGCGGCGUCCAAGGCGCGCUGGCACACGACGGAGGCGAUUCAAGGGCCGGAGGUGGCGAACACGGCCCACUUUUGCCCACACCGGGGCCUGCCAUUGGCCUGCGCGCCCGCCGAAAGAGCGCAGCGGGUGCAGCUAAGUGUCCGUGCGAUCCUGCCCUGGUCUGUGCGCACUCUGUCGCAUUUGAAAGGGCAGCAGCCCUCAGCCCACCUUCCGUCGCUCACCAGCAUCCUGUGUCUCCGCCGACCACCUUCACAUCACGAUACAUCCCUCCGUACAUACCGACUUCUCCCCCCUUCGCUCGCCCCCUCCGCUGCC